AUAGGCGUGGUUGUUUUGGGUGUGGCUAGUCUGGCUACAAAAUGGACAUGGGGAACAGAGCAAAUAGAGGAGAUAAUGGCACAACAGACGAAAGAACUGACAGAGGAGGAGGCGAGGAAGCCAAUGAAGACAUGGUAGUUGAAAGCAGAGGACUAGGUCGUCGUGUUGGCAUUCCAUUACAUGGUAGAGUAGGCACUGUUCAUGUCCUACUUACUCGUCAUGGUGGUCAAUCUCAGACUAUGACUAUACACCAUGACCCUUCACCAUUAAACAUUGAUGAGUCUCCUGAGGAAGAGGAGGAGGAGGAGGUAGAAGCUGAUGACGAGCUUGAAAUUGAUGAAGAGGAUGAUGAUGAUGAUAAUGAAGCUGAUGAGAUUGAUAAUAUCCUGACAUUACAGUUGGUUGCAAGAUUAUUAGGAGGGAGUCUAAUGAGACGAAGGGUGAAGAAUGAGCUUAAUAUGUGUGAUCAACCAGAAAUAAUUACUGACCCAGUGGAGCCAUUAAAUCCAAAGACUGACUUGUAUCAAGAACUCAAGUCUUUUGAUAGCAGAAUGCAUAUUGGACCAAAUAUCAGAAAUUUUAGUUACGGUUUUGAUUCUGCCUCAUACAUUGAUAAAACAUCUACUUCUUCAAGGUUUCUACCACGUCACUGCUGUCUCGUUGGGUCUUACGAGGCAAGGGUUUUCUGUGGAAACUAUUCCAAGUCUGGCGACGUUUUUAUAUCGGCAGGUCAAAGUGAUAAGAUUGAUUUGUACGACACUGCUGGGAAUAAGUUUAAAUGUUAUAAGUCUGUAGGAGCACGUGAUGUUGGUUGGUCAGUACUUUCAACAGACUUUAGUCCUGAUCAAAACUGGUUCAUAUAUUCCACUUGGUCACCAUCUAUUCACUUAUGUAAUGUGUAUGGGGAGGAAGAGAGACAUUAUUCGCUUGAUUUAAGGCCAGAGGCUGAGGAGCCUUUUUGUGCAUUCAUAUCAAAGUUUUCCGGUGAUAACAGAGAAAUAUUAGCAUCAGCUAAUGACGGGAAAUUAUAUUUGUAUGAUCGGGAAAAACAGGAUCGUAUCCUUGUGAUUGAUGCUCAUCAGGAUGACGCCAGUGCUGUCACGUUUGCUGAUGAAGGAGGAAUUCUCAUUUAUUCUGGGGGAGACGAUGGAGUAUGCAAGGUAUGGGACAGGAGGUGCCUGCAGGAGAGGUCACCACGACCAGUGGGAGUGUUCUCUGGUCAUAAAGACGGGAUCACGUAUAUUGACUCAAAGGGUGAUCAAAGAUACCUCAUCACUAAUUGUAAAGAUCAAACAAUUAAGUUAUGGGAUACUAGGUGUUUCUCUAAUUGUGAAGGAAUACAUGAGUCAUUGAAAUCCACUUCUCAGCAAGGCUGGGAUUAUCGUUGGCAAGAAGUACCGAGGAAUGUUCAAAAGAAUAAACAUACAAAGCUGGCAGGGGAUGUUUCGGUAAUGACAUAUACAGGCCAUUCGGUUAAAAAUACUUUAAUAAGGUGUCAUUUUUCACCAUAUUCUACAACAGGGCAGAAGUACAUAUAUACUGGCUGUGCUAAAGGACAAGUAGUGGUGUAUGAUGUCAUUACAGCUCAAAUGGUUGCAGUCCUAAAUUCACCUGAUUGCUUCUCGUGCAUUCGUGAUGUUAGUUGGCAUCCAAGCCAAGCAGGGACUCUAGUUGCUUCAACAUGGGAAGGUACUAUUCAGAUGUGGACAUAUGACGAGAGAGAUGACUAUGUUAAAGAAUUUUUGCAUCAAAAAGCCAAUUAUUUUAAUUUCUGGUAGUUCAUCAAGAUUCUAUAGCAUCAUGGUAAUGUGUGUGAUUUGAUUUUGGCUGUGAUGCUCCUUUUGAAUUUGAUUGGUCACUGAUUCACACUUAAACAAACUCCAUUUAAUUAAGAUUAUUAUACCAGUUUAUUUAUUCUGAUUACUAAAGUUUAAAAAGAUAGUUUUCCCGCGGUU